ACAAUUGCCUGUGGCUUGAUAGGAACCGGCCUCCCUCCAUUAAUCCCAUUAAUCAUUAACUAAUUGGGCUAGACGGAUAGAUGGGACCAGCCCUGUACCCUUGCAGGCCGGGCCUGGCUCCCCUGUGGGCCUGAAAAUCGGCCAUGGGCGUCGUCAAUGUUUCCCAUGCGUGCGCAGGCCUACAGGGCCCGAAUAACAUUGCAUGUUCGUUUUCGUUCGUUUUGGCCCAUUAAUUGUUGCCCCGGAUCCCACGGCGCCCCUUGCCCCCCCGUUGACGCUACAUGUGCGUGUGUGUGUUCGUGUGGUCACUGCGUGUUUCUGCCAUUCUCUGCGCCUUGUUCAUGCUGAAUCCUGCUACUGACGCCGCUGUUGUUUUGUCUGGCCACCUUCUUUGUUUCGAAGUCGCCUUUGAAUGGCCCCUCGAGCUUACUCACCUAAUAACCAGCCGUGCACUUGGAGACCGUCGCCUCCUUUCCUCGCUCUUCACCAUCUCAUCUUGGCCAGCUUCUCCCCCGUCGCAUCCUGUUCUGCGUUUUGCAACCGACGGGCACCGAAACAGUAACACGUCCACUCCAAUCGACCCGGCUGAGCUCUUGGAUUUUGGCUUCCGGAGAUCCGCUAGCAACAACCUGAAGGAUCCAUCUACGAGAACAAACGGGCCUAAACCCCGUGGCUGAACAUCAAUUAACGCGCUACACCCCAACCCACCCGAUUCAUCCACCCGUCUUCCAGGCCAACCGUUCCUCCCUUAACCAACAUACUU